CCAGCAGCGUCCUGCCCGCCUGCCUGGCGGAGCUCAGAGUGGAGCAGACAGAUGAGCAGCUCCGUGUGUCUCUCACGUCCAGAAAAUGUGCGCAGGGUGAGGACCGAGUCGCGUCUCCCUCUGCAGCGCCCGUCAGUGUACACUUCAGCCUCGCUGGGAGCUUUGACGCCACGGACGAACGAAACGAACCCGAACACUUUCCUGUCCGAGCAGCCGCUGAAUGCUGAUUUGUGCGGACGGUCCCUUUUCUCUGCAGGAAGACCUCUGCGCUGCUGCUGCGUGACAGAGCAAGAGAGAGGGAGAGCGAGGGGCCGAGGGAGAGCGUGGCGUGUUCGAGGCGAGGCCAACCUGACUAAUCAUCCAAGGUGUCAAGCUGGUGCCGCCGAUGUCCUCUCCUGUGUGAUGUGUCAUGGCUCCGGUGCUGAGUGGAGUGUGGUGGGGGCCGGAGGCGGGUGUCGUCGGGUCCGGGGCGGCAGCUGCGACUGGGGUGGCGUCGUGGCUGGGCAGUGGGCAGCUGGUCCUGGCCAUCACCCUCAGCACCCUCACUGUCCUUCUGCUGGUCUCUGUGCUGCUGCUGCUGUGUGCCAGCUGCCAGGGGCAGAAGAAGGCAGCCAAUGGACAUCCAGUAGGAGACCAUGAGAACCUCAUGAAUGGCGUGUCAGAGAGAGACACGGUCAGCCAAUCAGCAGACAGUCCCACGACUGAUGUGGCCGUCAGCAGCUCUCACAAUGGUCCUCUAACCAGCGGUACAAUCCUCACGGACACACAGGACACCAGUCCCCAGCCGUCAGAGGAGAUGCUCUCCAGCCAAUCAGAGCUCCGGUCCUCCAAGUGUCCUCAGGACCGAGAGCUUCCCAGCAUUCCUCCCAAUAACGCCCUUAUUGGGGAGGGACCUCCAGCCUCGGGGGACGGCACCUAUGAGAUGGUCAAGGAGAUUGCGGCGACAUCACGUGAUGUCAGUGCUGAAGACUCCCUGUACGAGACUGUCAAGGAACUCAAAGACCCCCCAGCACAGUUCGGUCUCCCCAAUGGUACCAUCCAGCUGAGCCCCGAUGAACUUCCCCAUCAUCCCCCUGCCCUUCUCAACGGCCACCUUAGCCCCUGCACACCUGAGCAGGGACCCCUGUGCACAGGGGCAGAGUACGCCUCCAUCGACCUGAACAAGAAGACCCGCCACAGCGCUGACAUGGAGGCCAAAAGGCGUUCCGAUAGUGCCAGCAUUCCCUCCCACAGGCCUCUGGAGGAACCAGAGGAGGACUUACCUCCGCCGGUACCAGAGAAGGUUCUGGAUGAAAAUGACAACCAGCCAGUGGUGAUGAAUGGGCUAGUGGGGGCUGGGCUUCACAACGGAGAGUUACACUCCCCUCUGUCUCCUGCACAAGGGUUCGACAACCACAUUCUGUCAGACAAUGAGUCAGCAAUGUACUCUACAGUCAACAAAACAAACUGUGACAAUGCUGUGAACGAGGACGACAAGGAGCACGACUACAGCAGCAUCGCAGAGAUCAAAGGCCUCGUCUCGACCUCUUCCUCCAGUGACCUGUACGCCACUGUCCGAGAUAUCUACACCCAGCCCGACGAGCCCCUGUCGGGUGAGGACCCCGUCUUGGACAGCACAGAUCCCGGCUACGAAACCAUCCGCAUCCCAAAGACUAGCUCAGGUGAUGACCACAGGGCUGGGCUGGGGGAAGAAGGGUCAGACGCUGCCAAGGCAGAGCCCGACUAUGAGAGCGUCGGAGAGUUGGGUCUGGGUCGGGAGACGUCCCGCCUUUGAGUUUUUCCUCCUUGUCGUUAGGGCAACCCUCAUUUGUGACACCUGGGCAGAGGCUCCCUCUCUGACAGAUGUGACUGUAGUGCUGUGAACCUGCCACCAAGCAUGCUUUUGGUGCAUGACUUGGGGCGGGGACGGCUGUAAUGGCUCCUCAUAGCGUCUGUCAUCAACAUAUGAGUAUCCUCUUUACAGUUAUGGUUUGUGAUACCGCAACUUUUAACUUAUCAACCAGGGUGAAUGUCAUUGGUACUGGUAGGCCUGCUAGAUCAUGAACUGUAGCACCUCAGCCAUUGGGCAUUAAUUAUGUGGAAGAGUGCACUUUGGAUCAUCAUUAAAUUCUCCUUUUGUCUUUUUGA